ACGGAUCUUUCCUUGCUCGCCUCAUUCUUCCGUGUUGUAUUAGAAGAUAUACACCAACGUAUUGACUGUGCACGGAAUACUGUUCGUUACAACUCCAGUGCCGAUGCUGUGAAGAGAGUGAUUGAAUUUGGAUCGACCCCCCCUCCCAACCAACGAUCAUCAUCAUGUCUUUGCCCAAGAAGCCAUCGAGGAAGAAGCUUUCCAAUCGGUUGUCACAUGACGACGACGGCGUGUUUCAGACGACGACAGCUCAGUUGCACGGUACGAUAGGAGCAAGCCGCUCCACCAACUUUUCUUUUAAAAAAGACUUCGUCAAAGAUUCGAUGGUGGUGCUUGGGCCGGAGCGGACUUUCAAGUUGCGCAAUCCGCUGGUGCUUUCGUCAUCCUCAGGCCUUCAACAGCAAAGCAGCGGAUUGCUUCACGGGAUGGACGACGGGACUGCCAGCAUACGUGGCGCCUCCAUUUCACCUUUCAACACCACUCACAAAAUUCGCGCGGGCGAUCGUGCACCGUCAACAAGCUCCUACAGUCUGAGCUCCUACGAUGAUAUAGUGCGAGACGCCAGCAAAAACGGGAGGCGAUGGCCGAGUAACCAUUGCUUUUGUCUGAUGGGAACCCUCUUUUUAUUAGGCACGGGACUCGCCUUUGGCAUCUACUACGGACUGAUCAGUGGCAAACAGGAGAAACUGAUCGAGUUUGCUUAUCGGGGAACUUUCCGGAUUGCGGAUGGCGACUGGUUCGAGCCCAAUCUAGCCGAUGUCAAAAGCACCGCUUUUAGUCUCAAAGCUCGUGACUUUGAGGCUAAAUUGGACGAAAUGUUCAAAAACAGCACCAUUAAGGACAUUUAUCAUCAUUCAGAAAUCCUGACGUUUGAAGGUAAUGAAGACUACGACCUGUCCGUCUUCUUCAACUUGUAUUGCACCACGAAGAAAACUCCCACCGACGCUUUGGAAAUGGAAUCCAUCUUGAGGGAAGAAUUGGCUAUGAGAUUUCCGGUGACUGUUCACAUCGAUCCGUCGUCGGUCGAAGUUAGAGCUCGGUCGGUUGCGAUGUCAGCCAACGAGAGUUCCGACUUGGUUGAUAGGCGAACGGACCUUGACUCUGCCUCGGAGCGUACUCACGGCCGUUCAAUCGAGAAUGAUUUGUCGAAUUACCUGCCACCCUAUCCGACACAUCCUUCUUCUAACGGCAUUGACUCCGCAGCGGGUGUUAAAAAAGGACACCAGUCCCGGCCUCUGUUGACGUCGUCGACUAUUCGGCCGGCAGUGACUUCGCCAGGCCCACUCGUUCCCAUCGACACGUUUUUCCAGCCGCAAGACUAUCAAGAACGUUCGGGUUGUGUGCCUAUUUCGCUUAGCUUUUGUCGCCACUUGGCUUACAACUUCACCUCGUUCCCCAACCUGCUCGGACAACGCGGGGCUCGCGAAGUUGACCGACUUAACGAAGCCGCAAAGUUAUUGGUGGAAUCUGAAUGCUCGCCCUACAUCGUGCACGUGCUGUGCCAUAUAUUGCAACCUCCUUGUGACCCUAGUGCUCCAACUCCUGGCGGAUUCGUUCCACCGCCUCCAUUAUCGCUGAUGCCCCGUAUUCCGAAUCACCUUCCGCCCUGUCGGAGCCUUUGCAUGGCCGUAAUGACAUCAUGCAAGGCCCGUUUAGGUCUGAGCCAACAAAUCUCCCGUCGGCAAGAUUUGACAGGUAACAAACUGCAGAGCGGUGAUAUCGCAACCGGCCUGAGAGAUCUACUUCGCUGUGAGCUCUUCCCAAUCGACGACGGAAUGGAUUCUUGUACCACUAGACCAUCUAUGAACUACGUCAUGGAGGCCGAUCCGAGCGAAUGCGUCCGGUUUAUGACCAGCAGUGGACACACCACCCGCAUUUGUGAUGGGCUGAUGGACUGUCACGAUUUCAGCGACGAGGUGGCGUGCAAUUACUGUCCCGAGGGUCAGGUUCACUGUGGAGUUGGCGCCGCUUGUAUUGACGUCAAUAAGCGUUGCGACGGCUUCCCUGACUGUCCCAACGGGAGCGACGAAAGAGGCUGCCUGACAGUUGCGCCGGACAUGGCGGCGGCUAAUUUCGUUCAUCAGUACUUCCAUGAGGGCUACAUCGUCUUCACCGAAGGCAACAACACCGGCAAGAUAUGUGUCGAUUCUCUCAACUCGUCAUCGCUCAUGUCGACGGCUCGACAGCAGAGCUUCUUGGAGAUCUUUGGCGAGUCGGCCUGUCGUUCCAUGUCCUACCGUAUCAUGGAGCGCAUCGAAAUUCGCAUCGACAACGAGCGCUCCGCAGACUAUGCCCAUCUGACCGAACCCAUCCGAUGGAGGGCCACUUUCCUUCGGGCUCCCUGUCGCAAGCGUCAAGUGCUCUACCUUUCUUGUUCAGGACUUGAAUGCGGCAAUCGACCAGUCCAUAUGCAUCCCGACCGCCCUGGCACUGAUCUCACCCUCCUUCCGUCCGCUCACGGAGACUGGCCGUGGUUUUCGGCAUUAAUCCGAGAUGGCGUUCACGCUUGCGAUGCAACGCUUGUGGCCGAUCAAUGGCUUCUGACCGCAUCUUCCUGUUUCGAUGGGCAAAGUCGAGCUCAUUGGGUUGCAAGAUUCGCCGCUGUUCGUCUGACAUCCGACGCACCUUGGGAACAAGAGAGGCGCAUUAUCGGCAUGGUCAAAUCGCCCAUGAAGGGCAACCAGUUGGUCCUCAUAAAAAUGGAAUCACCCGUCAUUUAUUCAGAUUUUGUCCGGCCAGUGUGUCUAGCCCGCGACCACGAAGCUUGGAUAUCCGGUCCAACUUCUCGUUGUCUCUACCUCGGAUGGGGCCAAGACAGAGACAAUUUGCAUGAAGUGACGGCCAAAGUCGUGCAAAAUCCCAAAUGUGACAACGUCACAAUGCUAUGCGCGGAUGUUCUAUCGAAUCUGGACGCUUGUCGGAACGAUGAGUUCGCCGGGAGUCCACUACUUUGCCAAUUGAAUGAUGGCGGCUCCUGGUCUUUGGUUGGUGUGUCUAACGAGAACCGCCACUGCGAUCGGAGUUUUGAUGACCCUUCACAGAGUCGAAUUUACCUAGGCGUUUCGUCUAUUUCUGGUUCCGGUUCGAUGGAAUCACGCAAUCGCUCAUGUUUGGCCGAGGUCAAUGUCGGCUCUACGCCAUCGCCCAGAACAGGGUCGACCAAAGGACGAUCGCACAGUCUUACUAUCGUCCCUCCGUCCGUCUGCAUAACUCCUUCCAUGGAAGAGGAAACAAUAGCGACUGGAGUGGACAGUGAGCUGAGCAGUAGUCAACUGAAACUACCAUUACAAAAUGCGGCAAAAGGGAAGAAAUUGCCGACCAAACACGGGCCAAGAUUGUCUAUCCCGCAUAUCUUCACCCAUUCGUCAUUGGGCAGCUCACCGCUGACUCCUACACCCUCCAUCUCGUCACUCCUCUCUACCGCUGCUGCCCGGAAUUUCUCUUUCAGUAUACCCCACUCCAUGAGACAUGGCUAUUGGGCGAAUCACUCCGAGUCCAUGGUGUCGUUAAGCUACCGCACUUUUGCCAACUACAUAGUUGAAGACAAUUUAGCUGGGUUACGUGUGUUUCUCGAAAACCGCCAUGUCGUCGUCGACGAUAGAGAUGAGAACGGAGCUACUGCACUGGUGUUGGCAUCGAUCAAAGGCAAAAAUGCCAUCGUCAAAGAGUUACUCGCUCAUGGAGCUGAUCCAAAUGUCGAGGAUUCCGAUAACUGGACACCUUUGCUCUGCGCUGCAAAAGAGAAUUUCACAUCCAUUUGCGUCGAGCUGCUCAAUCAUGGCGCCAACAUUGAACACCGGGACAUGGGAGGAUGGACUUCACUCGUAUGGGCUUGCUAUAAGGGCUAUUUAGAGACGGCGCGUCUGCUGAUUGAGCAACGCGCCGAAGUCAACGUUCACGGCCAAUUUCAUAUCACGCCCUUGAUGUGGGCUUCGGGCCGAGGUCAUGUCGCUAUAGUCCGUCUUCUUUUAGAACACGGGGCUAAAGUGAACGUUGGAGAUAAGUAUGGAACCACGGCCCUGAUCUGGGCAUGCAGGAAAUCGCAAGAUGAAAUUGUCGAUAUGUUACUACAAGCAGGAGCCAAUGUCGAAGUAUCUGGAAUGCAUUGUUGGACGCCACUACUACUUGCUGCCAAAGAGAAUGCAUCUGAGAUUGUCAACAAAUUACUCGAUAGAAAACCUAAUGUUAAUGCCACGGACAAAGACGGCUGCACAGCGCUUACUCUGGCCUGCAAAGAAGGUUACCACGACAUUUGCAUGGCCUUGCUCAAUGCUGGUGCCUACGUUAACUUACAAGAUCGAAGCGGUGAUACCAACUUGAUCCAUGCCGCUAAGGCUGGCCACAAGUCAAUCGUUGAAGCUCUACUGAAGAAAUACGCCGACGUGGACAUGACUGGCAAGGAAAGGAAAACUGCUUUGUAUUGGGCUGUUGAGAAAAAUCAUGUUUCAGUGGUCAAAUCACUUCUUAACUCGGAUCCGAAUCUAGAAAUAUCCACCAAGGAUGGCGAUACACCGUUGUUGAGAGCCGUUCGUAAUAGAAGUAUAGAAAUUGUACAACUUUUACUGGACAAAAAAGCACGGGUUACAGCAGCCGACAAAGAAGGCGAUACGGUUCUGCAUAUCGCUAUGAGAGCCAGAUCUAAAGCAAUAGUUGAAGUUCUACUUCGUAAUCCCAAACACAGUCAGUUACUAUACCGGCCAAAUCGGAGCGGUGAAACACCAUACAAUAUUGAUAUAAGUCAACAAAAAACGAUACUUGGCCAAAUUUUCGGAGCUCGACGAUUAAACACCAAUGAGGACAAUGAAAACAUGCUGGGCUAUGAACUGUACAGUAGCGCACUUGCAGACAUGUUGAGCGAACCGUCACUUUCAAUGCCCAUUACAGUUGGGCUUUACGCAAAGUGGGGGUCUGGCAAAUCUUUUCUCCUCAGCAAAUUACGAGACGAAAUGAAGGGCUUUGCUCGUCAAUGGAUUGAGCCACAGUUGCAGUUUUCGGUGGUUCUCUGCAUCAUGGUGCUCCACAUUGCAACACUAUUUGGUGUGAUAUUGGGCGUUUCGCUUGAUUCUUGGAUUGCAGGAUUGGCAACUGGCGGAGGUUGUUUUUUCCUCAUGGUGACAUUUCUGUACAUAGUAUACUGGGGAUAUGAAAGAUUUAAUUGGAACUGGGCACAUAAUUUUGGACUAGCAUUAGCUAGAAAACUAGAUUCGUUAAAGUUGGUGUUACAAGUGACAUUCUGUACCCCACCGGGUCCACAGUUCGGAGGUGAUAGUAUCCGCAUUCAACCCAUUAGAUUCUACUUCACGGAUCAAACCAAAGUUUCGCGGUCUACAAGAGGCGAGAAUUCUGUUGUUCAGAUGAUUGGUUCACUAUUGGAUUCAAUAGAAGCAGAUUACGGUGUAGUGGCUACCAGACUUUAUCGUGCUUUUAGGCCGAAGCCAGUGAAAUCUACGUCACCCUGGAGAUUUCGCCGCUUUUGUUGCGUCCCGUACGCAGCCAUUUUCCUUAUUUGUGUCGACAUUCUUUUAGCUGGAUUGGUGUUUCUGGCAAUAUAUCAAAAGGAGGGAAUCGAGGAUCGGAUAAUCAAUUCGAAUCACGUCAGUUAUACACUUAUAGCCAUCGGAGUAGUUUUGGGUGUUGUAGUCAUCGCCAAUGUAUACACAUGGAGUCGAAUUGUGAAAUCCUUGAUUUUCUCGCAACGGAGGAAGCUGUUACGGAUCAUCGGUCGGCUCCAGUCCGUCAGAGCCGAGGGCUAUUUGCAGGCAUUAAAAAGGGAAGUGGCCAUAAUGGUAGAGAUGGUUCGAUGUCUCGACGCCUACAGUGGUCAACAGACGCGACUGGUGAUGGUAGUUGACGGUUUAGAUAGUUGUGAACAAGAUCAAGUUCUCUACGUCCUCGACGCUGUGCACUUGCUUUUCACCGAACAAUCAUCACCAUUCAUAACCUUACUCGCCAUCGAUCCGCACAUUAUUAUCAAGUUUUUCUGCGCACAGGCAAUCGAGCUAAACUUACACAGGAUGUUCAACGAAUCCAACAUCGGGGGUCACGAUUACCUCCGCAAUUUGGUACACGUCCCCUUCUUUCUUCAGAACGCUGGUCUGCGAAAAGUGAAAGCAGCUCAACAAGCGGCCCUCAUGUCUAAAAAUCCUACUGGAGCACGUUCAAUGAUAACGUCGAACAGCAACCAUGCUGCUGUACUUAACUGGCUUGAAUCAGAAGAUACCGGCAACAAUCAACAAGCCGGUGAUAAAGUUCCGAUGUCACCUCGGCGAAUGUCGGUUGAAUCAUCUGCCCCACAAGGCAAAGGAUUGCAUCGGAUUCAUAAGCUCAGUAAUGCCCUUCCAAUUAUGGGGCAUCGCAAGCUUCGCCCCAGUGAGAGCAUGGAAAGUGGAUUAGCUCUAGGCAAUAACAAUCGCGUCAUGGCUGCUCAAGAUCUCACCAAAGUUUUAUUAACCGAUGAUUACUUCAGUGACGUCAAUCCGAGAAGCAUGCGCCGUUUAAUGAACGUCAUCUACGUUACGGGUCGUCUACUCAAAGCCUUUCAGAUUGAAUUCAAUUGGUAUCAUCUGGCGUCUUGGGUCAACAUUACGGAACAGUGGCCAUAUCGAACGUCUUGGAUUAUUUUGUACUGCGAAGUGAAUGAGGACAAGUUGGAUGACUUUACUACUCUCAAAAUUGCAUACGAACGCGCAAAACCAUUCAUACCCAUCUCAAAAGAAGUCGAACCUCAUUUGGAGAUUGAUCGCGACGAGAAAAAGUUUCAAACGUUUCUCAGUUUCCACCGCAACACGUUGCAGGUUCUUCAUUUAAAAAUGUUUAUGCCAUUCACUAUUCAUUUGGACCCUUACUUACGUAAAGUGAUCAAAGAAGAGCGUUCAUCAUUCUUGGCAAUGCAAUCAGGAGCACCUGUACCUAACGCUGCCACAACGGACAUCAAACUUAAUGGCAACGUUAUCCAUGAACAGCCUAAUCCUCCUGUAGCUAUGCAUGUUCCUUGGAAUGGCCAGCCUUGGACUACAGUGACGUUGCCUACCCCGGAUCAGAGUAAGCCGACCAUAUACCCGAAGUAUCCGUCCAUGGUGCCUACUAUUUCCCACUGUAACUAUGGAGUUAUGCCAACUAACCCCUACGUACCAACAUCCAAUCAACUGUGCUUCAAGCCUACCUUGCCUAGUCGUCUUCAGGACAGAGUACUCAGUUCUCUUACUGCCGAAGAAGUCAGUGAGCUGUUAAAACAUCUGGAUGGAUUUAGAAUAGCACAAGUUGAGCAAUAUUCUCGAACUCUUAUUGAUAGCAAUAUUAGCGGACGCGUUUUGCUUAACUGCAACUUGGACGAGCUAAAAAGUUUGAGUGGUAUGUCCUUUGGCGACUGGGAGCUCUUCCGUGUAGCGAUUUUUGCUUUAAGGGAUCGCGAGUACCAUCCGCGCGUGGCUCUUAGCCCUAACCCUCAGCAACAGUCCACUGUCGGAAACACCAGCGCCAGUCAACAGCAUUCAGGGAACUAUAAUUUAUUGGAUGUGGACUACGAUGGACGUUUAUCUAGGAGUAGCAGCCUACGCAGUAACACAUUCGCUGGCGUCGCUACAGGUGAAGUCGUCACUGAAGUUGAUGCGAGUUUGUCAGCUCCCAAGAUCAACAAACGCCAAACGAAUAUUGAAAAGCAAGUCACAUUGGAAGAUCAAGCUAUAUGUGGAGCAUUACAGACCCUCAAUGAAGAGGCUAUGGAGGAUGUCUUAGAUGAGCGGGAAACGGAAUACCUGACUGGAAAUGAAUUGAUGGCGAACCCAUACGGCUACAACUCAAGCAACUUGUCCACGUGUAGCGAUCCAGCUGAAACAGAUGUCCUUUAUCUGCAGACUUCAGUCGUUCCAGAUUUGCACUUUCCCGCUUUAAGACAUGCGAACAGCGUCUUCGGCUCUCGUGCCCUAAUUGGAAACGAGGACUCUGUCAGCCUAGGAAGUUCCUUAGUCAGCUUGGCCGAAAGAGGGACCAUAACUCCUGCUCGUCAACGGACCAUAACGGAAGUGGUUUGGCCUGAACAAAUAGCCUCUGCCUUGAACAGUGGUUUGCGUUCACGGCUCAGUUCCAGUACCAGUCUCUUCCGUGCUGGAUCUCAAAAGAGUGUCGUUGCAUCCGAUCUGAGCUAUGGAUUGUCUCGCCGCGAUUCCCAACGUUCCAUUUCAGAUCUGGGUGCCACCAAGCCCAUAUUCGUCUCAGUGGAUCCAUCAAACACAGCAGAAUCCAGCUGUCCAACGAGUUCUGGAUUCAGUCCCGCAGUUUUAAGUGGUUGGCGCAGCGAACAAGGGUCUCCACGACGUCCAGCCUCUCUUGUAUUGAGCGAUUCUGCCAACCCACAUGAGUGGCUAGUUAAACCCGUUAACACUCCUGAAAGCCCGCAUCACGGCGACAAUCGACUAAAAGUUCAGGGAGGAGACGGUACACCAACUGCUACCUCAACUUCUCCGGUCAUUGUUCAAAAGCGCUUCUCGACAACAAAUGUUGAGCUAUUGCCGGACCAGGUUACUGCUAAACUGCAGAUUGACAAGAAGUCAUCGUCAAAAUCGAAUUUACGCUCUCCUUCAAAACAACGAGUGAGGCGUAGUGGUCAGUCUCGAGUUCAUGCGCAAACGUCUGCAGGAUUACCUUCCUGCCGCCAUUCUAGCGGUAAGAGCUCCGACGAUACUGACGAAGACGGAGAAGAUGCUCCGCUAAUGAUGGCCAAAGAACAUUCCCAUCAUGUUCGACGUGUCCUUCCAAAAGCGGCAGUAGCUGCAGUUAAAGAAUCUCGCCCUCUGAGCGCCAAUUCAAAUCUUGCCAUUAACUACGUUCAACAAGCGGAAGGUGUUGCGGUUGCGACUGGAUCCCAGCUCAGUCUCGCCUCGCCCAUUGGGAGCAGCACAUCAAGCCUAGACAGUCCGCUGGACACUACUGACAACGAAGUCUACAAAACAGUUAUACCCAAAACUGAUACCAGUCGCCGAGAAAAUUCUUUGGCGCUCAUGCUCAACAGGGCCAUGAAUGAAAUGGGAGAUGCUGCCAACGUCUUGACCGCCGCUCCAAGCAAGGCAGAAUCCAGUGGGAGCUCGCAAUCGGGAACUGCCAAUUAGCCUCGGCAGUUAGUGAUUAUUUGUUUUUUGUUUUGUUCCUUAUAUACUCGAUCUAAUGGCUAGAAAUUAAUUUGAAAUUUUAGGUUCUGGCUUAUUUUGUAGUUCAUCAUUACCUCUUAGAACAAUCUCUUGAGAUAAUUCCUUAUUAGAUCGUUACAGGAAGUUAACGAGUAUUAUACGAGCAGCCAACUUAAUUCCAGUUUUUUUUUCUUCGAAUUGGCUUUGCUCACUAAGUCCUUAUAUCCUUGACCUUUGUAGAACAUUGGUUUUCUACUUCGUUGGCAACCGCCACUUCGAAAAGAAGUCAAUGUACGUUUCCUAGACGCCAGUAUAAAGAUUUUAACAAUCUUUGAAAGCGAGUUGCACUCAAAAGCCGUUUAAUAAUUUCAAAUUUCACCAGAAUGGGCACACAGGCCAUACCAAAUGGUUCGCUUUUGUAGCGUUUGUCGAUGUUGUUUACAUAGGCAAAAGUUCGAUCGUAAUAAUUUCAUCAUAAAAGUCUUUUUCAAAAUGCUGAUCUCUGAAAUUCCGAUUUGCAUAAGACGUUCAGUGCUUCGCAUAACUUUCAGUUCGAGUGUGUAUAUGUGUUUUUGCUUCAUAUGCGCCUUAUACCUCGCCUACUAAGCGACUACGUUGGAUGGAAUUGAGAGAUGAUCGCAUCACCUUUAACCUACCGUAUUCUUCUCCCGGUGACCCCAUCCUACUUUCACUUUACGUUCAAAUUCAAACGUGCAUUUGUUUUCCUAAUCCCAUUCUAGUUUCCUUUGUUUGUCAUGGAUUCAUUUCGACUGACAUUUAUUUCCUUCUCUUGACAAAUGCAUGCAUGCAACGUAACCAGUCAAUAAUUACAAUUGUAGGACAAUAAUUGCAGUUCAAUAAAAUGACAUAAAUGACUGUCAUUUUGAAAGGACGCGAGUUAAACUUGGUAAACCUACUUAUUUCCUUUUGUUUGUGAAUAUCUAUUUAAGCUAGCCUAUGAAAUGAUGAAACAUCUGUAAAUUGUUGCAACAUCCACGAAAACAAAUAUUUCGUCCUGCCGACUCUUGUAAUAAUACACUCUAAUGCGACCCCAA